AUGAGGGGAGAGAAUGUAACCAAGGUCAGCAAAUUUGUCUUGGUGGGCUUUCCCGCGGGCUCCCAGCUGCAGUAUGCCCUCUUCCUCCUCUUCCUGCUCACCUACCUCUUUGUCCUGGUGGAGAACCUGGCCAUCAUCCUUACCGUCUGGAGCAGCGCCUCCCUCCACAGGCCCAUGUACUACUUCCUGGGCUCCAUGUCCUUCCUGGAGAUCUGGUAUGUGUGUGACAUCAUCCCCAAGAUGCUGGACGGUUUCCUCCUGCAGCGGAAACGCAUCUCCUUCGUCGGGUGCAUGGCUCAGCUGUACUUCUUCAGCUCCCUGGUGUGCACCGAGUGUGUGCUCCUGGCCUCCAUGGCCUACGACCGCUACGUGGCUGUCUGCCACCCCCUGCGCUACCACGUCAUCAUGACCACGGGGCUCUGCGUCCAGCUGGUGGUCUUCUCCUUUGUGAGUGGCUUCUCCAUCUCUGUGAUCAAAGUCUACUUUAUCUCCAGCGCCACGUUCUGUGGCUCCAAUGUCCUGAACCACUUCUUCUGUGACAUUUCCCCCAUCCUCAAACUGGCCUGCACAGACUUCUCGACCGCAGAGUUGGUCGACUUCAUCCUGGCCUUCAUCAUCCUGGUGUUCCCACUCAUGGCCACCAUGCUGUCCUAUGGACACAUCGCCUUGGCUGUCCUGCACAUCCCCUCGGCCACUGGCCGUUGGAAAGCCUUCUCCACCUGUGCCUCCCACCUCACAGUGGUCACCAUCUUCUACCUCGCCAUGAUCUUCAUGUAUGUCCGGCCCCAGGCCAUUGACACACGAAGCUCCAACAAGCUCAUCUCUGCUAUUUACACUGUCCUCACUCCAGUAAUCAACCCAUUGAUCUACUGUCUGAGGAACAAAGAAUUUAAGGAUGCCUUGAGAAGGGCUCUGGCCUUAGGUCAACCUUCAUAG